ACAGGCACUGGCGAGGAGUCAAACGUCUACGAGGAAGGUCUACUUACAACAUUGUCAGAAAAUCAUCAUCAUUAUCAUCGACGUCAACGAAACGAGUGAUGAGCGCGACUAUCGCACCACAGAUGCUCCACGACCACAGUACCACUAGCCGUAAACCGGAAGUGAUGUGUCUGGUGUGUGGCGACAAGGCUUCCGGGAAGCAUUAUGGCGUCCAGAGUUGUGAUGGAUGCCGGGGAUUCUUUAAGCGCAGCAUCCGCCGAAAUCUGGAAUAUGUGUGUAAGGAAAACGGAAACUGUGUGGUAGACGUAGCCAGGCGGAACCAGUGCCAAGCGUGUCGAUUCAAAAAGUGUCUGGACGUAAAGAUGAACAAGGAUGCUGUCCAACACGAGAGGGCGCCUCGGUGUUACCAGUAUAAAAGAGACACAGAUGAAGUGGAGGAUAACAAACCACACAUGUUCCAUCGCCUCGGAGAGUUCUUUGAAAGACCAAAACAAUAUACCCCCUUUCACCAGUAUCCACAUACUCCGGUUGCCAUGGCAGCUGAUUACAGCCACCCUCACGCGCCCAGCCAUGGUUUCACUCCUCUUCCUUUACACGUCACUGAUCAUAGAUUGCCAGGAAUGUUCGUUCCAAACUUGGUUCCUAAUGCCAACCUCACGAUCCGCUAUAGCUGUGGAACAAGUGACGGCGGAAGUAGUGCGUCAUCAAGCAAUUCGCCACUGUCAAAUGAGGAAUUCAACCGGAACUGCAGUCGUUCGCCAUCCCCAUUGCAAAACGGCAAUGACCGAAUAUCUCCAGAGAGUAACGGACGCAUUACUCCCCAGUGCGCCAUUAUCAAAGGCGAGAAAGAUGAUUCAUUGACCAACAAAAGGUGCGAAAGUCCAAGAGUGUCGUCUACAGUUAUGACGUCACCACCACAAACGACCAAAGUUCAUCCUAUUGUUAUACCUGGUAUCCAUGGGAACAGUAUAAUCUCGGAAGGAUCACGAUUUCAUGCUUCGAACCAACCUCCAUUUAUCCCUCGUUUUCCUGAUUUAAAUGUUUCAACCACGAACAUCAACUCAAACACAGAAAAUUUGUUCGAAACGGCGGCUAGGUUACUUUUUAUGUCUGUGAAAUGGGCAAGAAACAUCCCAUCAUUCCUUCAACUUCCGUUCAGAGACCAAGCUAUUUUAUUGGAGGAAUCAUGGAGCGAACUGUUUGUUCUGAGCGCUGCUCAAUGGUCACUUCCAAUUGACAUUGCAACCCUGCUCGCACCCGGCUCGUUACACCUCGACCCACAGAUCGGAGAGAAACACGCCAUUAUGGCCGCUAACCUCCGGAUACUUAAUGACGUCAUUGCUCGACUGAAUUCACUGAGGGUCGAUUCAACUGAAUACGCAUGUCUCAAAGCAUUAGUUCUCUUCAAAUCAGAGUCACGUGGUUUGCGAGAUUACAUUCAUGUUGAGACUUUACAGGACCAGGCUCAACUCAUGCUUCACGAGUACACCGCCACACACCAACCAAACAACAAAGUCCGUUUUGGAAAGCUCCUUCUUAUGCUUCCGGCGCUGCGCACAGUCAAUGCGCGCGCACUUGAGGACGUUUUCUUCCGCAGGACUAUCGGUAACGUGCCAAUAGAGCGGCUUCUAUGCGACAUGUUCAAGUCAAGCUAAUGUAGGAUUGAUGAUUCACAUUUAAUGUGAACUGUGGAAACAUGAUCGGGGAAGAUGAUAUUGGCUAAGCCAAAU